UUGAAUUUCUUACAUGCAUGCAGGGCAUUCUAGAUGAGUACUUCUAUAAUCUGGAGUUCUUAGAAGACACCAAACCUAACUUUGUCGAGAACAUCAUUGGCACAUACUUUUCAUCAUCAGCAGCCUACAUGGAUGAAUUGGAGCAAAUCUUAGACACCAAACCUCUUGACCUUGGAAAUGUGGAGCGCUUGAUCCAUAAACUAAAGGGAGGUAGUGCUAGCAUGGGAGCAGCAAAGCUUCACGCAAUUGUUGGAGAAAUGUUAGACGUUUUCAAGGCCAAAAGAUUUGAUGGGUUAUAUGCAGCAUUUGAGAAGAUAAAAGUGGAGCAUGCUUCCCUAAAAAUGCACCUUGAACCUUAUGCUGAGCUGUUGCGCCAGCUGAGAAUGGAUUAUCCUCCAGAUGAAGCAUCAGACAAUCAUGAAGAUGCGGAAAGCAUUGACAGCAAUGACAUAAAUGAUUGAGAUAACACAUAUGAGUAACUUCUUAUAUAGAGAAGUUAACAAUAAUCAUAAAAAUAAAGU